UGCUGGCGAGAGGCAGGCAGAGCCGGGCUGGCUGCCUGCAGCUCAGCGCCGAUCGUGCUGCGUCGCUGGGCUCCGCGUACCCCCACCUCUGCUCCGGCUCCCGCAAAACUUUUAUUCUCUUGGGCCCCCCGGGGUGUCUGAAGGAAUCGGAGCACUCGGUCGGCUCAGCGUUCCUCUGCAGCGGCGGCGACCGAGGAGACCUGCAUCCCUCGCCCGCCGGGCUCUAGCGCCCUACGCCUCCUCACCUGCUGAUCGCCCCCCGGAGCGGCGAGGGUGCACCCGCGGAGGGGCCGCGCGGGCGCCAGCGCCCCUGAACUCUCCCACCCACUGUGGCCGACCCACCGGGCGCAACUUUAACUUGAUUCCUCUCGCUCAGUCCCAGUACCAGCGGCUGCUGCUGCCACCGUUUCGGCCGCUGCCGCCUCACAAAGGGGCGCAAGGAAAGGAGGCGGCACCGGCGGCGGACACCGGCGUCUGUGCGCAGGGCGCGGGCCUCGGGGUCGCAGAGGCCCGGAGACAAAAGGGAAAUUGCCGCUGUUCGCCGUGCCGGAUCGGAGUAGUGUACUAGACUGCCUCCCGCCCCGCUCCGCGGUCCUCCUUCCCCCACCCUAGUCUGCUGCUCCGCCUCCCUCCCGGCGGACCGUCCCCGCAGUGCUCCGGGACUCGGCAAGCCUUCGGGGCGCGCGUCGCUGCUGGUGGUUCGGACUCUAGCGAUAAUAAAUGAUAGAGGAUACAAUGACUUUGCUGUCUCUGCUGGGUCGCAUCAUGCGCUACUUCUUGCUGAGACCCGAGACGCUCUUCCUGCUGUGCAUUAGCUUGGCGCUGUGGAGUUACUUCUUCCACACGGACGAGGUGAAGACCAUCGUCAAAUCUAGCCGGGACGCCGUGAAGAUGGUGAAGGGCAAGGUCGCAGAGAUCAUGCAGAACGAUCGGCUCGGGGGGCUCGACGUCCUGGAGGCCGAGUUUUCCAAGACCUGGGAGUUCAAGAGCCAUAAUGUGGCAGUGUAUUCCAUCCAGGGCCGGAGAGACCACAUGGAGGACCGAUUCGAAGUUCUUACGGACCUAGCCAACAAGACGCAUCCGUCCAUCUUCGGGAUCUUCGAUGGGCACGGGGGCGAGACUGCAGCUGAAUACGUAAAAUCUAGACUCCCAGAGGCCCUUAAACAGCAUCUUCAGGACUACGAGAAAGACAAAGAAAAUAGUGUGUUGUCUUACCAGACAAUCCUCGAACAGCAGAUUCUGUCCAUUGACCGAGAAAUGCUAGAAAAAUUGACUGUAUCCUAUGAUGAAGCAGGUACCACGUGUUUGAUUGCUCUGCUAUCAGAUAAAGACCUCACCGUGGCCAACGUGGGUGACUCCCGUGGGGUCCUAUGUGACAAGGACGGGAACGCCAUUCCUUUGUCUCAUGAUCACAAGCCUUACCAACUGAAGGAAAGAAAAAGAAUAAAGAGAGCGGGUGGUUUUAUCAGUUUCAAUGGCUCCUGGAGGGUCCAGGGAAUCCUGGCCAUGUCUCGAUCCCUGGGGGAUUAUCCGCUGAAAAAUCUCAACGUGGUCAUCCCAGACCCAGAUAUCCUAACCUUUGACCUGGACAAACUCCAGCCCGAGUUCAUGAUCUUGGCAUCGGAUGGCCUCUGGGAUGCUUUCAGCAACGAAGAAGCUGUUCGGUUCAUCAAGGAGCGCUUGGAUGAACCUCACUUCGGGGCCAAGAGCAUCGUUUUGCAGUCAUUUUACAGAGGCUGCCCUGACAACAUAACCGUCAUGGUGGUGAAGUUCAGGAAUAGCAGCAAAACGGAAGAGCAGUGAGCCCUUUGGGGUUGCAGCUGCCGUAGACUAAAGGACUUUCAACAUACUGGUCUCUUAUAAUGUAGUAAAAGGUGUGGACGCUGCAGUUAGGAUCACCCAUCCCAGACGUGGGAUUUCCCUCCCUGGCCAUCUUAGGUCCAUAUUCAAUGAUGAUGAAAAGAGGGUGCUCCUGGCCAAUGUAGUUGAGAGGCUGGAAAACUGUUUCUUCGUGUUUCCCAAUUCUUUAAUCCAGUGUCCAAAAUAUAUAAAUGUGUAGUUGUAGAUUCACAUGUAUGAAGCAAAUGGCAUGUAUGCCAGAUAGUCCCCCUUUUAAGAUUCUUUUCAGGACCCCUUACCGGGCCCUCCGGGCAUCUGACUUUGUGUCCUGUCUUUGGAGCAGUGAGCAGAGCCGGCGGCCCAGAGCUGCAGGACACAGGCCGCAGCGUCGCCCGUGAGUCGGGGCAGUGCCCUUUGCUGAGGGCAGAGCUGCCCUGGGAAUGCUCACCCUCCUGCACCCAGGUCUUCCGCUCGGCCGCAGCCCAACAGAUCUGAGGUGGGCUGCUCUUCGUGGCUGCCCUUGGAGAUGGAGAGGAGCAGGGAGGUUGAGGCGGGCUGCACAGCCGAAAUCAUCUUUUUCUCUUGCUCCCUUUAUUAGUUCAUUAGACUUUGGGUACCACCUGGCCCGUCUUUGCGCAUUUACCCUAAUUGUGCAUGACCUUAACCUUUUGCUUACACCUUAUCUUCUGUCAGCUGUUAAACUUCACAACCAGAUGCCAUGAUUUCUUGUCCUGUUACCAAGAACUCUCUUAGGGGAAGUCAGAAAUUAAGUCACUGUGGUAAAUCACAGUAUCAUAAUUCCUACCAUCUGUAAGGAUAGAGAGGGAGAAAUAACCGCUGAAUCAGUCCCGCUGUGCCCUUGGGAGGUUGGGCACGUGUAUUGGGAGAGAAAGCUGGGGUACCACCCUAGAUAGAGCUCCCGCUGCCAGUUUUCAUGCUUCCCCCCUCUCCUAUCCUGGUAGCUUUCAAGUGUCUUUCAAGGAGUGUUCUGAGAAGCCACAGCUGGGACCUGCAUGAGUGUUUGUUGAAGCGCAGGACCGAGUUCCCAGCCAGGUGUUGGAAUGUGGUGGUAAACUGCCGGCCCGGCUUCUCCUCGACAGUGGAGAGCAGCAGCCUUGAACUUGGCUGCAGAUCACUGUCCACAGUGGGUAGCUGUCCCCAGGCAGACUAUUCAGUGACCGCAACACUGGUUGGGAAUUCAGGCUCAAACCCGUACUGUUAAGCAGCCCAGAGUUAUUUGGGGGCCAGGCUUGCUGCUUUCCGUUUCCUAUCACCAAAGUCAUGUUUCCAAUCUCAGUAUUUUAAAAAGUUAAUUGACAGAAUGCUCAGUCACCCUGUUUGCCUGACUGCAGUGGCUCAAACAGCCAAACCGGAUUUUCAUUGCGUUCCCAGCCCCGUAUGUCUGAAAUGCCGGGGUGUCCGCCUGGCUCUGUUCUUUCUGAGUCAGCACUUGUCAUUAUAGCCUCUCGGGGGCCCUGCUCGCUGGCCGCCUCCUGCCCCCCUCAGCUGUGCUCCUCUGAAGCGGGCUCCAGACAGAACCCGCGGGUGGGACGGUUCCCCUGUGGCUGCCAAGGACUGCCACCUGUGGAUCCCCCCAGCGCUCACCUUCCGUUGACUACAGUGAGAAUGCAUAAUAGUUCCCCAGGAGACUUGCUUACUUUUGUAAACUAUAACUUUAGAAUCCCAACAUUAGCAUUAGGUUUUUUAUUAUUUUUUUUAGCCACAGAAUGUUCCAGUACAAACUACCUACCACCAUUGAGAUUGAGCUCUUUCCCAAAAAGAGACACUGAACAUUUGGAUGUGUGUAUCUGGGUGGGGGUGAGGAAGGGAACGUGGGGGACAUGCUGACUGUGGUCAGUAUGGGACAGUCAGGCCUUGUGCCUGAGUUUGCCUGAAGAUUUAGGGCGUCUGACUCGGAGUGUUACCAAAACCCACCAGCCAACUUGAGUUCGGGAGUAAGCAAUGUCAUUUUGUGGUUCACAGUCAAUUUUCCUUUUUUUUAUUUUUAACAACUUUGAAAUUCAUAAUCACAAAGAAAAGACAUUUUAAAAUGCUAUGACCAUUGUUAUUGUCCAAAAUGAAAAUAGUAUUGUUUUGGUGAAGAUGAAAAAGAAAAGCUACUAAAUUAGUAAAUUGGUGUUUAUUUGCUGCAGAGUAUCUCAGUAGAUGGUGCAGGAAUGCAUGACUUCCCCUCUAACUGAGGUUCACAAGGCAUCCUCUCAAUUUUUCUUUGUAGAAUUAAUUCAUUUCUGACUUUAACCCAGUGGUGUGUAUAUUUCCUAUUCCCUUACUGCCUCUUUUCCUCUCGUUUUGGCUUGUAGAUUUGUAAAAGAUAGAAUUUGUAGGCAAAAUAGUAGCAGUUUGAUUAAUCCCUAUGUCCAGAGUAUUUUACUCCCUUCCCCUGUCCUGGAGCCCUCUCUCCCAGACCCUCCCCCAGCUGUUGGGAGUCUACAGACAUCACCCUCCGGUGCCCUGUGGCUCGUAGCUUCUCCCGUUUUCUAGGGACAGGGAAGGUUGAAUGGAGCCCUCAGGGACAUUGAGCAGUUUGCAUGUGAAGCUUCCCUGAACAGCACUGCCAAAGCCUUGGAGUGUCCCCCGAGCUGCCCAGACUCCCCAGCCCAGUUCGCCUUGCCAAUAGCUCCCAUGGUGCCAAAUUUGGGAUGAUUUUACAGUCUUUUAGAAAUGAAGCUGGGAACGGGUGACCACAUGCUUAUGAGCCCCAGCAAGAUGCCAAGCCCGGGGCCUCAUUAACACCCCGCUCUGCUGCCGCCCCGCUGGCACU